CAACCCCCAAAAUCUGGGCCAUGAACUCCUGAUUCGGCAGGACAAUGUUCUUACUAAAGCACACUGUUGAUUUAUCCAAAUUUAGGAAUGGCAAUGGGGCAGGUCCGGGGUGGGUAUCUUGCUACCCAUACCCGCCCCGUUGCAUGUCGGGUCCAGGUCGGGUAAUUUAUCACAGGGCGCGGGUCGGGGCAGGUCAACCCAAUGGGUAUCUAAUUUAUGUGAAAACAAUUAGAAAUAUUCAUUAUUUUUAUUAGAUGAUCAAGAAAUAAACCAUAAUAUGAUGAAAUGUAUUUAAAUUAUUGAAGAAAUUUAGGUUUUCACUUAUUUCCAAGUUUAUUAUAACUAAAAUAUGUGAUAUUAAAAGGAAAAUCCUAAAUAAUUUGACUAAGAUUAAAUGUAAUUUAGGCAAGAACGGAUCAAAAAUUGGCGGGUCGGAGCAGGUCAGGUCGAUGGUAGAUACCCAUACCCGCCCCGCCCCGCCUACGAGUCGGGUCGGACCCACCUAAAACAGAUCAAACAAAUCGGGUAAAACAGGUCAGGUCGAAAUUGCCAUCCGUAUCCAAAUUCACCCUUUGGCCCGGGAAUUCCUCACGUAGUCACGUCACGUCUAAUCAUCUUUGGAAGAUUAUAUCAAACACUCACGUUUAGAAAAUUUUCGUGUCAAUUACCACCAUAAGAUCUAGUGACGAAAUCGAAUGUAGACCCACAAACUUGCUCCAACCUAACAACUUUCACAACUACCUUCUUCCGUGAUGCCAAAACAUUUGUCCACAACGUUCCCCCUUUCUAAAUUUCAGCCACAAAUAUGUGAUUUCCAUUUCCACCUUAAUAUGCGGCAGCCGGCAAGCUCCCACUUGCUCUCCAAAUCCAACCAUGGCGGCGCUUCUCUCAACUGCACACUCAUCUCUCUUCUUCUCCUCCUCCAGAACCUCUAAUUCCGCGACCGCAAUUCACCAUCCUAAAACCCAUAACUUCACCUUCCUCCUCCCCCUCCCCAAAACCCACAAACAGUCAUUAACUUCUCAUCCGCUUCAAUCCACUUCCCGAUUCCCGUCCCUCAUCCGGCGCUCCACAGCUUCCGGCGAAGAAUUUGAAUCAGACGGGGUUACCGACGAAUGGGGCGAGAAGCCGGAGCCAAAGCCAGAGUACCCCAAGGCUGCCGCCGUGGAUCCUCCGGUGAAUGAGGAUGAGUGGGAGGAGGGGUACUCCGCCGCCGCGGUGGGUAACGGGAACACUGCUCCGUCGAUACCUGACGGGAAGAAGGCGGACGACGCUACCGAGGCGCUGAAGAGGAGUUUGGCGGAUACGGUUUACGGUACGGAUUUGGGGUUCCGGGCAGGUUCGGAGGUCCGGGCUGAGGUGUCUGAGUUGGUGAGCCAGCUGGAGGCUGUGAAUCCAACUCCGGCGCCGGUUGACGCGGCUUCGUUGCUCGAUGGCAACUGGGUUUUGUUAUAUACUUCGACUUCCGAGCUCUUGCCCCUUCUGGCAGCUGGUUCAACACCCUUGCUAAAGGUGAAAAGGAUAGCUCAGUUGAUCAAUACCAGCAAUAACACCAUUGUGAACUCAACCACUUUGUCGAGCCCUUUUGCUGAUUUUUCAUUCAGCGCAACUGCAAACUUCGAAGUCCGAAGCCCUUCAAGAAUACAGGUUGAAUUCAAGGAAGGAACUCUGCAGCCUCCAGAUGUAAAGACCAGCAUUGAUCUUCCAGACGAAAUCGAUCUAUUUGGGCAGAAGAUCAGCUUGUCCCCGGCUCUUCAGUCUCUGGGUCCUCUGCAGGACUCCGUGGCUACCAUCUCGAGGGCCAUCUCCGGCCAGUCCCCACUCAAGGUCCCCAUUCCAGGCAGCGGAACCAGGUCCUGGCUCCUGACCACCUACCUCGACGAGGAUCUCCGGAUUUCAAGAGGCGACGGCGGUCUUUUCAUACUUGCCAAGGAAGGAAGCCCUCUUUUGAAUCUGUAACCAGGCAGAUAAGUAUAUACUCACUCGAUUAUGUACCUGAUGAAGUAGAUAUACGCGGCUAGUCGUCGUUGUUGUUGUUGUUGUUUUCUCCUCGGUUUAUCUCCAUUGUAGUAACUUUGACAGUGAGGAUUUAAGAACAUGACGCCGGUUUGUCAAGUCAGACUUCGGUUUGUAUAGUGAAAUUCUAGCCGGCAAAUAAAGUUGAGUCGUCGUGGCGCCCUUCACGGCGAACAUCACAUUCAUUCGGUUAGAGAAUAAGACCAGAAAAAGGGGGAAAUAAAUACAAUUAUCCCAU